CACGCACGCAAGUGCAGUACACACAAUAGAGAGAUUGGCUGAAAUUUUGGAGGGGUUGGCAUAAGCAAAAGCGAAACUGCAAAAGAUGAAGAAGGAGGACAUGGUUAAGCUGAUCAGCGCCGAGGGCUUCGAAUUCGUCAUCGACAAGGAUGCCGCCAUGGUUUCCCAGACCAUCUACAACAUGCUUACCUCUCCAGGAAGCUUUGCCGAGACACAGCACGGAGAAGUGACUUUCCCUGAGAUCAGCACAACCAUAUUAGAGAAGAUCUGCAAGUAUUUCUAUUGGCAUCUUCAAUUUGCCAGUGGAAAGGAGACCGAGUUUCCAAUUGAACCUGAGUUGACUCUGGAGUUGAUGAUGGCUGCUAAUUAUCUUCAUACUUGAAUUAUCAUCUCUUGAGCGGCAAGUCCUGCUCAGGAUUGUAAGCCUUCUUAUAUAUUCUCUUUAAGAAGUCACAUUCUAGUUUUCUUCUGUAGAGGUUAUAGGAAGUUUAAUUUAUUAAGUCUCCUAUAAAUUUGCUGUAACCUAAUCAAUUUUUUGUUUGGAUCCUGGAUCCAGUGAUUAUGUACUACAGUAGUAGAGAUGCUCAAGGAUGAACUCGUUACCCAAGAAGGUUUAAAACUUAUAUGAACCUCAUGUUGGUGAUUUGCAGUGGAUCUCUCUCUGCACUGCAAUGUAGCAUACAUUAUUUAACUUAUAAGUGAUUGUUACACUUUCAAACAGUGUUAGGAUGAUUUAGUCAAGGAAAGUGCAGUUAUUGGAUGAUGUAAAGUGCAGUUAGGAUAACUCAUAUGUGAUAACUAAUUAGAAUGUUAUCUCUUAAUAAGUAAGACAUGGUUUGAUGAUAUGGUUUCUAUUA